AUGGGCAAGAACAGGAAUCGGAACAAGAACAAGAAUAGAGCUAAGAAGGCAAAGAGGGCUGGAGGCGAUGAUGGCGAGACGAGCAAGACACCGGCGACGAAUUCGAAUCGAGACAGUGCAAACCAGACGUCUUCGAAUGCUGAUAAGACGAGUGGGGGCGAAACCAAGACACUGGUAGACGGGCAGAAAGAUACCAAAGAGCCAGAAGGAACAGGGGCCAGUGGUGCACAAGAUGCGGCUCUUCGAGGGGUUCCAACAGGCAACUCAAAGGCCAAACGCGAUUCGGUCAUUUCGAACACCUCCGAGGGUCCCACAGACACAGUCAACGUGCCAACGCAAGUAGCUUCAAGGCCAGGCUGGAAGUUUCGAAUGCGUCGAUGGCUCUGGCGGUGCUGGUCAUGUCGCUUGAUACGAUGGACGCAUCGUUUUCUAGUUGCCUUGGUGCGAAUCAACUGGAACGACCAGCGACGAGUGGCAGAUCUUUUGCUGACAGUUGGACUUGGUGGCUCGGCCGUGUUUAGCGUCUAUCUCGUUGUUGAUUUCCUGGUCAAGCACUGGGGGGGGAGCUAA